CACGCUUAGAGCAAAUGCUCCUCAUCAUAUUCCAUGCAGCUCGACUGAGAUCUCAGAAGCCAGCACCAAGCAUCCCUGCGAGGAAAGCCACUGUGAGACCUACUGCGAGCUGACUGGAGUCGAGGUGCCCUGCUAUUAUUCAUUUUAGACAAAUCUAAAAACAUUUCCAUUCAAAAGUCAUGGGGGGAAAUAAACAUAUUACCUCAAAAACACAACAAUGAUCACUGGAUUUAAUUCGUUAAUUCGCGGGUCUUCAAUUGCGAGAGGCAUCUGAGAGGACAGGAGCUACACAACAGCUGGUAUUGUAAGAAAAUGGAGGAUUCACCAACAAAACAUCUGCUUGGCUCAAAGAAGCGAGUCAAAAUCCACCCGAACACAGUGACAGUCAAAUACGCCACUCAUUUCCCCCAGCCUGGAGACGAGGGCUAUGAUGACGCUCCAUCUUUUGAAGACUUCGGCUCAUUUGUCGAAGAGACCUCAGACAGAAAGAAUCUUACCGACAGCAAAUCGGGCAGGACUUUUUUCGGUGCGCUUGACAGUCGGUCCAAACCAACCGGGGACCAAAAAGACAAAGGGGUCGGAGGUCAGCUGCAGAGCUUCGGGGAGGCCUCCGUGUUCACCUCGCGUAUGACGUGGGCCGCUCUGUUCGGGGCAGCUCUGGCCCACGGCUGCGUGGCUCUCAUCACACGCCUGGCUGCCGACCGCUCUAGGGUGCCGUCGCUGGAGCUUCUCUUCAUCCGCUCGGUCAUCCAGGUGUUGUCCAUUGCGGUGGUGUUUUAUAACCAGGAGCCUCCCUUCGGCCCCCAAGGCUACAGACUGCGUCUUUUCUUCUAUGGCGUGUGCAAUGUCAUCUCCAUCACGUGCGCGUAUACCUCCUUUGCCAUCGUGCCACCCAGCAACGGCACCAUCAUGUGGAGGGCCACCACGACGGUCUUCAGCGCCAUACUGGCAUUUUUACUCAUCGAUGAGCGACUGGGCAUGACAGAUGUGGUGACGGUUGUCAGUAGCGUCUUCGGCCUCUGCUUGGUCAUGAUUCCCAACAUCUUAGGUGAGCACAGAUCUCUGGAUUUCUGGAAGGAGGCUUUCGGCUACACCAUGACGGUGAUGGCGGGCUUAAUGGCGGCCUUGUCCAUGAUCAUAUACCGCGCUAUCAAAGAGAAGGUGAGCAUGUGGACAGCACUUUUCACCUUCGGCUGGACCGGAACGGUGUGGGGAGUGUCAACUAUGUUCAUCCUGCAGGAGCCCAUCAUUCCACUGGACGGAGAGACGUGGGGGUAUCUAAUCGGCAUCUGCGUCUGCUCCACUGUGGCGUUCCUGGGGGUAUAUUAUGCCCUCAACAAGUUCCAUCCAGCACUGGUUAGCACCGUGCAGCACAUGGAAAUUGUUGUGGCAAUGCUUCUGCAGCUGAUUGUGCUCCACAUGGUUCCUUCAGUGUAUGACAUCAUUGGGGGCGUCAUCAUCAUCAUCAGCGUUGUCGUGCUGACGGCUGUAAAGCUUUACUGGGUGGGCAAGAGCAAAAGACAGGAGUAUGAAGAGAUCCUCGAUUCUCCGAUAAAGUGAACCAAUUACAAAGUUAUUGUUUUAUAAAUAUUUUUGUGGAGUUUGAUUUUUCAGGCCUUGAAUUAAUGCCACCUGUGAUUGAGGUUAUUGUGAAUCAAUGUGAAGUCUAUUGAUGAAGUGCCAUUGUGAAGUUGUCUUUGACUGCUGUAUUAUGUGAAGGUCAAAGAGGUUGUUGAUUUUUAUUGCCCAUUAUUAUGUAAUUAUCAUGCCAAACAUGUUUGGUUAUGUGCAUCCUAAUAAAUGUCUGCGCAGAGGAGCUGCAAUGAGAA